AAAGGGUUGAUAGGGAUUUUGUGAAUAAUGAAAAAAAUUCACUAAAUUAUUAAGAUUUUUUAUAGAAAAGAUAAAUUAUAUUGUAAGUUUACUAUUUUAUAGAAUAUAUGUCAAGAAAUCAAUAAUUCUAAUUUAAAAUAUUCACAAAAGAUAUGAAUUCUCAUUAAUUGCUUGAUAUGGUAAUAUCAACUCACAAACAAUUAAUUAUUAUUACUACAAAUCAUAUGGGGGUGUGCUCAUCAAAAAAACACAACUAUCCACUUUAGAGAAGCUAGCCUUAAAGAAAUAUUGAAAUCGACUUUGUCAAAUUGUUAGAGUAUAAUCGUAAAAAGGAAGUUAAGGAUAAUAAGAGUAAUUAACAACAACAGUCAUUCUGUUAAAUUUUCUUACAAGAAAAUAAAGUUUCUAAUCCUCAAACCUUUACAUAAAACUUAGCUCCAACAGCUUAGUUAGACUACAAGAAAAUUUGAAUUCUUUUAUAGGGUAAUCAUUGAAUUUCUUUGAAUAAUGAAUAUGUUUAAU